AUGGCCGACGCCGUGGGAGACGACACCCUCGUGGUGCAGAGUCAGACAGAGACCAAGCACGAGAAGUCCUCCGACUCGGUAUCAGUGCGCAUCACUGAAGCCCAGGGUUUUGAUCAACAUGAGACAAAACGACUCCUCAGAAAAUUGGACUGGCAUUUGAUCCCAUUCAUGAGUCUGAUUUACCUGCUUUGUUUCCUCGACCGAACGAAUAUCGGAAACGCGCGCCUCGAUCAUCUUGAGCAGGACUUGAAGCUUCAGGGAAUUCAGUACAAUGACUGCCUUGCUAUCCUCUUCCCCUUCUACAUCGCCGCCGAGAUCCCCUCCAACAUGAUGAUGAAGCGGAUCCGACCCUCGAUCUGGUUGACAUUCAUCAUGGUUGCAUGGUCGGCCAGUAUGAUCGGCCAGGGUUUCGUCAAGGAUUACUCUGGACUGAUGGCCACCAGAGUGUUCCUCGGGCUGUUUGAGGGCGGUCUCUUUCCUGGAGUGAACUACUAUAUCACUCAGUGGUACUGCAGGCAUGAGACAGGCUUUCGUAUGGCUUUGUUCUUCUCGGCAGCUACACUAGCUGGUGCAUUUGGUGGCAUACUCGCUCGUGGUAUCGCCGAAAUGAGCGGCGUUGGUGGUCUAUCUGCAUGGUCGUGGAUCUUCAUCUUGGAAGGCCUUCUCAGUAUUCUGGUCUCAUUUACCGCGUACUGGGCCAUCUAUGACUAUCCCGCUACUGCUCAGUUUCUUACAUCUGCGGAGCGUGACGAGGUCGAGCGGCGACUCCUACAGGAUAGUGGCCACCUAUCUAACGAUUUCGACAUGAAGUACGUUUGGCAAGCGAUCAAGGAUUGGAAGAUCUACAUCUUUAUGCUCAUCUGCAUGACUGGCUUCUGUCCUAUCUACUCAUUCGCUUUGUUCCUUCCCACCAUCAUCAAGAACAUGGGAUACACUGCGAACAAUGCCCAGCUCAUGUCUGUCCCACCUUACGUCUUUGCCUGCUUUUUCACGAUUGCCGUCAGUUGGUUUGCGGACAGAAUUCGCCAGCGUGGCGUCUUUAUGCUGAGCUUCCAACUCAUUGCCAUUGCUGGGUUUGCUUGCUUAGCCGGCAGUGGCAACGCGUCCGUUCAAUAUACCGGUACAGUCUUGGCCGCUAUCGGUAUCUACCCUCAGAUUCCUUUGGGAAUGGCCUGGAAUGGAGCGAACAUUGGUGGCAGCCUGAAGCGCGGAACUGGUAUUGCGAUGCAGGUCAUGGGCGGCAACUGCGGUGGAAUCAUUGCUUCCUACGUCUACCUCACCCGUGACGGUCCGCGAUACAUUGCUGGACAUUGCAUCUUGAUUGGAUUAGUGAGCGUAGCAUUCUUCUUGACUUUGUUCAUGACGAUAUGGUGCCGAAAGGAGAAUGCUCGACGAGACACAUUGACACGAGAGUUGGGGGUCCAGGAGUUGACUGAGGAACAGAAGAUAUUGGAACGCGAGCUGGCCGAUAAUGUUCUGUGGUUCCGGUAUAUGCCCUAG